CAUAGUUUAAUUCGAAUAAGAUGCUAUCUUCAUUGUCGCGCCUUUACCACAUACGGCCGUGAAAUAAACAUCGCGCGUACAUACUCACGUGUCCUCGGUUAGCUCGAACUUACAUAUAUAAACGAUACGUGCAUUCAGUUCGAUGACUAAAACAGAAUCGGAUGGAGUUAUAGCGCUUCGCUGGGUUUGCUUUGUUUCGUUGUUUAAUAGGAAUUAUUUGAACAUCAAAGUGCAACGUACUAUAGCAUCGAACGAAAUGAAUAUUUCCAAGGCUGAUUUGAUCGAUCAGUUAAAACACACAGGGAAACUCUGGUAUCUUGUUAACCCCUAUGAGACAAUUUUCGAAUUCCCACACGAAGUUCCCGAUUAUCAGCAGCAGGUAUGGUUACCAUUUUUGGUCCUUAUCGUAUUUGAGCAUAUUAUACUGGCCUUUAAGAAGAAAAGAUUCCGCUUGAACGAUCAAGUGACUUCCUUGUCUCAAUGGAUAUUGCAAGAAACUAGCCGUACUCUCUUCCGUGGUGCCGAAUAUUACGCGUACAUCGUAAUUUACGAGAGAUGUCGCUGGUGGAAUCUGCCUUGGAACUCGCUAUGGACUUGGUGUAUCACUGCCGUGGGGGUGGAUUUCUGUUACUAUUGGGUUCACCGCAGUAACCACGAGAUACACUUUUUAUGGGCUCAGCAUCAAGUACAUCAUAGCAGCGAAGAAUUCAAUCUCGCGGUUGGUCUGCGGCAAUCCAUCUUGCAACACUGGUGUAAUUUCAUGUUAUAUUUACCUCUUGCAUUAUUUAUACCGCCAUCGCAUUUCAUCGUACAUAAUCAAUUUAAUUUAAUUUAUCAAUUAUGGAUUCACACGACUGUUAUUGAUGAUCUUGGACCGUUCGAGUUAAUAUUCAACACACCAAAACAUCAUCGUGUACAUCAUGGUUGCAACUUAUAUUGCCUGGACAAAAAUUACGGCGGCGUUCUCAUCAUAUGGGAUAAAUUAUUUGGAACAUUCGUGCGAGAAAAGGAAAAGGAAGAGAUAAUUUAUGGCUUAGUUGUUAGUGCUCAAUCUUUUAAUCCCCUGUAUUUACAGACAUUUUACACUGCAGAAUUAUUUAAAAAGAUUACACGGAUGUCAACUUUUAUGGACAAGUUAGGUGUUAUCUGGAAAGGUCCUAGUUGGUUCCCAGGUAUUCCUCGCUUAGGUCUGGAUAAAUAUAAAAUUAAUGUUACAUCUAGGAUUAAAUAUGAUAAUUAUAUACCGCAGUGGCAAAACAUUUACGUAAUUAUACACUUUUGCCUAGUUGUUUAUCAUCAUCUUCAAAUAUACGAGGAAACACAGGAUUUAAGGACCAUAUCAUCAGGAUUUAUCGUUAUUAAUAAUUUGCUUGCUCUUACCACUAUUGGUUUGUUAUUUGAUAAAUCAAAAUAUGCUGGAAUUUUGGAAUUCAUUCGAUGCCUUAUUUAUUUAAGUUUCUCCAAAAUAUAUUGUUCCAUAAAUUUAUAUAUCUAUUAUAUAUAUGUAAUUUCGUUUUGCAUUUGGAUUUUACAUUUUCUCCAUACAGUAAAAUCAAAUUUUAUAACCGUAACAAGAUAUAGGAAUCAAACUAAUGUUACGGAGCAUGAUGAAAAUAUUUACACAUAAAUUCUGUAUUUACACUAUAUACGAUUAUUCUGUCUCAUUGAUAUUUAUGUGAUAAAUAAUACAUUAUUCGAUAUCAUUGUUGUACACAUUUCACAAACAAUAAAUAUAGUGGAAUAUA